AUGCUUUGGUGCAUAAUUUCAGGUUGGUCACAUGGUAGGUGGAGAGUCAAAAGAAAUUCCUUAGUGUUGGGAACAACCGGACUUAGGCGAUUUGAGCACAGAGAGUUGGCCAGGGCAACAAACAAGUUCUCGGAGAAAAGCAAGCUUGGAGUCGGUGCCUUUGGUGCAGUAUAUAAGGGGAGUUACAAGGAUGAGGAAGGCAGGCAAUUAGAAGUUGCUGUGAAGAAAAUAAAGCAGACUGCAGGAAGGGAUUUCAGCGACGAACUCAAGACGAUUAGUGCAACGAGGCACAUGAAUCUAGUCGAGCUGAAAGGUUGGUGCUGCAGCCGAAACAAAUCAGCCUGUGUCGGUUUCUGCUGUUGCGGUUGUCGGCAAAAGGUCAAAUGUUUCCUUGUAUAUGAAUUGGUACCUAACGGCGACCUGGAGUACCACCUGAAGAAUGUUCUACCAUGGGAGAAGAGGUACAAAAUAGCAAAGGGGAUAGGGUCUGGUAUAACUUAUCUCCACCACGGAUGCAAGCGGUGCAUCUUGCACAGAGAUAUCAAACCAAGCAACAUACUCUUGGACAAUGAGUUCAACCCCAAGCUUGGUGACUUCGGGCUAUCGAGGAUCACUGACAAGGAUAGUACCAUGCUGAUGACAACUGCUGUCGGGACGUUGGGGUACAUGGAUCCACAAUGCAUUAAAGAUGGGGAGGUAGAGUACAACUGUAGGUCCGACGUCUACAGCUUUGGAAUUGUUCUACUAGAGAUUGCAUGUGGAAAGAAGCCCAGGGAGCAAAUCCAGCUGGAGGAGCUGAGGAGCAGCGGAACUGAAGCCCAGUUUCUGGAGAAUGUCGCUGAUGCCAAACUAAAUGGCGACUAUAACAUGAAAGAGAUGCAGCGCAUGGUUUUCCUGGGACUCAGGUGCUCUCACCCAGUUAGGCAACAACGUCCUUACAUGAAGGAUGCAAUGAAAUACCUGGAGGACGGCAUAGAGUUGCCUGCUAUAACUGAAAGACAGAGCCACCAGGGUGCAUAUGGCACUAUUUGCUCUGACGAGCAGGCACUUAUGUCACCUAGUGCUGUGUCUUCCUGUUAG